AUGACGGAUCCUAUUCCCGGGGUUGAGCCUACUAAAGGCGGCUACUACCUCUGGCGUUAUCUCCCCAACAAAGGCGCUGCGGUCCUAUUCUUGCUCCUCUUCCUGGCGUCCUUUUUCUACAUCUCGUGGAAGAUCUACAAGACAAAGGCCCGAUUCUGCAAUGUAUUUGCCGUUGGAUGUUUCUUUGAAGUUGUUGGAUACGGUGCCCGCGCCAGUGCUCACGAUAAAACCGGUAAAAUUAUGACAUACGCCAUCCAAAACAUGUUCAUUCUCGUUGCUCCUACUCUCUUUGCCGCAUCGAUAUACAUGACGUUGGGGCGAAUAAUUACUAGCAUUCAGGCCGAGAAAUACUCCAUGAUCAGGCCCUCGAGAUUGACCAAGACGUUCGUGACCGGAGACGUACUGUCAUUCGUCAUCCAGGGAGGGUCUGCGGGAUUGAUGGUGAUUCAGAAACCGGGUCUCGCUGAGUGGGGUGAGAGACUCGUCAUGAUUGGCCUUGUGGUCCAGGUCGUUAUGUUUGCGCUUUUCGGAAUCGUUGCGGUUGUUUUUCAUCGCAGAAUGAGGAGUGCGCCUACUGUGGAUUCAUUCGACGGGUUGAUUCCUUGGGAGGAAGCGUUGUACAUGCUGUACGCAGUCAGCGCUUUGAUCAUGGUUCGGUCACUCUUUAGAGUGGUUGAAUUUGCUCAGGGUCAAUCCGGCUAUUCUCUUACUCAUGAGUGGACCAUGUACGUCUUUGAUUCGCUCUUGAUGUUCGCUGUCGCCGUACUGUUUGCUUGGAGGUUCCCCAGUGAGCUGAAGGCGAGAGGGGCUAUUCCGAUUUAA